AUGACAGCUGUACACCUCAGCAUAAUCGUAUACAAGGGGAGCCCGCUGGACUAUCCGCAAUAUCGCCACACCGCACUCUGGCUUCGAUUUGGAGAUGGAUCGCCACCUCAUCUGGUGCACGUUGUAGGCCCGCCAGGGGGUUUCGUGUUUGAGAGCGGAGAGAGCGAUAAGCCUUGGGAGACGCAGGGAUUUGCUAAGAUGGUUGAGGUGGGACGUUUGCUUGUUUCGGCAACCCCAGUACAGACGGUGCAAGCUCUACGUCGCGUACCAAUUGUCAACAGUGACCGAGAAUUCAACUGUCAGACAUGGGUGGAAGCAGCACUCAAGACAUUCAAGGUUGCCGGCCAUUUGUCCGCCGAUUCGUAUGAAAGAGGAGUCGAUGGCAUGGUUGAUGCAAUCGACGAAGCGGAGUACGUUGAUGAAUAG